UUGUGUAUUUUUUUGUGCAUGUUGUUUUUCUCUCUUUGGCUUUUAAUGAUCAUAAACGGAGCUUAUCGCCGUAUGUGGCGGUUUUGUGUUUAGUUUCAAAAGAAACAAGCGGAAAUCUGAGAAUAUCAUGUUUAAUUCCUGAUUUAUGAGCUCGUUAAAUCCAUCAACUGAUUGUAAAUGAGUUCAGUGAAGUCGGUUGUAUGUUGUAUUUAGACUUUUAUUGACAAAUUUCAAGGUUUUUUCUGGAUCAGAAAUGGUCUUUGUUGGUGGUCGACGGACAUUAUCAAAAUGUUCAUCAUGAGAGAGCAGGUGGAUGUGAUCUAUGCUGGAGAACAGCAGAUAUUGCAGACACCAGUGAAGAUUAAAGUGAAACAGGAGGAGAUAAAAAGAGAAAUCACAGCAGAGGAACAACAGAGUGAUGAAGAAGAUGAUGAUGAUGAUGAUCAAACCUCCACAGAGUCUCUGACUUCUGUCUGUAACGCUGGAGAACAGCAGAUACUGCAGACACCAGUGAAGAUUGAAGUGAAGCUGGAGGAGAUAAAAGAAGAAAACACAGAAGAGGAACAGCAGAGUGAUGAAGAUGAUGAUGAUGAUGAUGAUGAUGAUCAAACCUCCACAGAGUCUCUGACUUCUGUCUGUAACGCUGGAAAACAGCAGAUGCUGCAGACACCAGUGAAGAUUGAAGUGAAACAGGAGGAGAUAAAAAGAGAAAUCACAGCAGAGGAAGAUCAGAGUGAAGAUGAUGAUGAUAAUUUUAUUCCUUCCGAUCUGUUGGAAGUGAAAGAGGAACGUCAAGACCUGAAUGAAGUGGAGGAGAAACUUCAGUAUCAGAAACAUGAUUUCUCAACUGGAGAAGAAUCUUUGAAUUGCUCAAAGACUAAGAAGAAUUUAUCACCAGAAAAGCCUCAAAGAAAAGCAGCAAAAAAUACUUUCACCUGCUCACAGUGUGGAAAGAGUUUCCCAUAUAAAAGCUGGCUUCAUAGACACCUGAGAGUUCAUGCUGGAGAGAAACCUUACACGUGCCAUCAGUGUGGAAAAAGUUUCACUUUUAAAGGAAAUCUUAAUGCACACAUGAAAACUCACACAGGAGAGAAGCCUUACACGUGCCAUCAGUGUGGAAAAGUUUUUAAAUGUAUAAAAUAUCUUAAGGUGCACACAAGAGUUCACACAGGAGAGAAGCGUUUCUCAUGCCAUCAGUGUGGAAAAAGUUUUCUUCAAAAAGAACAUCUUAAUGUACACAUGAGAAUUCACACAGGAGAGAAACCUUACAAGUGUUCACACUGUGGAAAGAGUUUAAUUUGUUCACAUAGCCUGAAAGCGCAUGAGAGAAUCCAUACUGGAGAGAAACCAUACCACUGCUCUUCAUGUGGGAAUAGUUUCAACCAAUCCGGUCACCUACAGAAACAUUUAAAAAAGAAUUGCUCAAGACAAAGUGAACAAAAAACAUCGUUAGGCCCAACGGUAUCAAGUAAAUAGUUAAUUCUAAAUAGUAAUAGUAAAUUCAUAUAUACCCAAAGAGGAAAUAUUUCCCAAAAGAGCUGCAUCAUCAUAACAGGAUAUUUCAGAUUUAUUCAGAGAACUGAAUUUUUGAAGGAAUGUUUUUCUAUUUAUGAGUGGGCUAAAUUAUUAUUUUAAUGGAAACUAAAGAAACGUAAAUUUCUUAUUGCCAUACAGUUAUGAAAUUUGGCUUAUAAAGAAAUAAUUGCAAUUAUGAUGAUUCAUUGUAAUACAGAUUGUCACCUUAAAAAGUAAUUUAUUGAUAUUUAACUUGCAAUCAUAAAAUAAAAUAAGGAUGAGUGAUUCCCUUUAAAGCUUAAAAAAUGUAUUGAUGACAUUUAAACUUUUUUUUUUUUUUUUUGGAACCCAGCCAACCUGAAUAGCUAUUAUUAUAUUAUGAUAUGCAAUAAUAAAAUAUUUCUGUCCUAAAUUCUUCACUUGCACUCAUUAUUUUACAGCUCUCCGAUUAAACCCACAAGCCCUUAUUUCUCAUGAAGACUGAAGGAAGAGAUUCUGUGUUUUUGAAAAAAGAUUUCUUUAUUCUAUCAUCUUCACAGAAAUAAAGCAUUCUUCUCUU